UCUUGUCAGCAAAGUUGAUGAGGAAAGUGUGUUGUUUAAGAAACAUCCCCAAAUCAAAGACAUGGUUCACUGCGUAGUAUUUGUAAUGGAUGCAUUUAUGCCGGAUCAAGACACCAUUUUAUUGUGGAGAAAGAAAGUGGAUGACAUGCACGAUGAGCUAAAGCAUACAGGUGUGCCUUUAAUGGUGUUACUAACAAAGAUUGACCAGCUUUGCGAGAGAAUUCGUACUGACAUAACUUAUUGUUACAAAAGUGAAGCUCUUAUGGCGGCUGUUUAUAAAGCUGCGCAGCUGUUUAAAGUUCCGGAAUCCUACGUUUUCCCGGUACAGAAUUAUAGACAUGAAUGUGAAAUGGACCCGACGAUAGACAUAUUAACUCUGUUAGCUCUCCAGCAUAUGAUAUACAUUGGAACGGAUUUUCUUCAUUCCAUCAAGCUUUCCGAUCAUAAGGAUGAGGAUGAGGACAAAAAAAUUGCGGAGGCAGAGACUCAAGAUCUUGUAGAUUUUAUUAACUUUCACGAAUUCAACGGGAUCUUUUUAUAAAUUUUAUAUAUUGUUUUUAAAUCUCCAGAGAAAGUAAUAAUGGUGUCUAUUAACAGAAGUAGUGUUUUAUUACCGUAUCAUUGCCACGAAAUGUCUCUAAUAUGAAGCAGAGAAAAAAAUGUAACACCGAAUAUAGCUACAUGACAAAUUUGAAGUAUAUAUGUGAAGCACGGGAGAAAAUUAACAAUACAAUAAUGUAAUCAUAAUAGCAAACAAACUUUCAUUUAAAAGCCAACCAAACAUUAAUUACAGAAACAAACAGGAAAUUAAAAACAAAAAUAGGAAAACACAAACAGAAGAAAAAAAGCAGUCAAGCGGUUGUAAAGGGGGACCUUGAAGCAACAAAAAGGUAAAUAUAAUCUGGAAGGUAGAUCCCUCGAAAGCACCGAGAACAAUGCAAACAGUGAAAAUUGCA